AUGGAUAACAAAUUGUCUGAAGGUUCUCUUGAGAUUAUAAUGCGAGGCGGAAAUUAUGAUAAGCCGAUAAUGCAAGUACUUAGUAGCAAAAAAAUUCAAGGAAGUGGUGCCAGUGAGAGAUUCAGGUUGCUAGUUUCUGAUGGACGGCAUUCUCACAGUUUUGCUAUGUUGGGUACACAACUAAAUGAAAUACUUAUAACAGGAGAGCUGUCAGAUUUUUCAGUAAUAAGGAUUGAUAAAUAUGUCACUUCUAUGGUAAAAAGUACUGGCAAAGAAAAGCGAGUCAUGAUUAUUCUGGAAUUGACAAUAAUAGAAACAGGCUCAGAAGUAGGAAGGAAAAUUGGUAAUCCUCAACCAUUGACUGAAGAAUCUACAUCAUCAGCACCAUCUCCAAAUCCAGUAAAAAUGGAACCAAAGCCAGUACCCACCAGCUCUGCGCAAAAGUUUACAGAAAACACAUCUUCCAACUUGGAUUCCAGCAUUCUCAGCUCUCAGAUGACUCAUCCUAUUGCAAGUCUGAGUCCUUACCAAAACAAAUGGGUGAUAAAGGCCCGUGUCAUGAACAAAUCACCAAUACGUACCUGGAGCAAUGCGAAGGGAGAGGGCAAACUCUUCAGUAUGGAUCUAUGCGAUGAAAGUGGUGAAAUAAGAGCUACUGCUUUCAAAAAUGAGUGUGAUAAAUUCUAUGAUAUGAUACAGAUAGACAAAGUCUAUUACAUAAGUCGCUGCCAGCUAAAGACAGCUAACAAACAGUACACCACAUUGAAGAACGACUAUGAAAUGACAUUUACUGCGAACACCAUAGUGGCAGAAUGUAUGGAAGACGCGUCCUCUCUACCCACAGCAAAGUAUGACUUCGUGCCCAUUACAGAUAUCGUUGAUAAAGCUCCUAAUACCCUGCUUGAUGUUAUUGGAGUUUGUAAAAUGGCAUCAGAUGUUCAAGAAUUAACAGCAAGGAGCACUGGGAAGUUACUUAAAAAGAGAGACAUCACACUUGUUGAUUCCUCUGGUGGAGCUGUGACCUUGACUCUAUGGGGAAGUGAGGCGGAGAGUUUUGAUGGUAGCAACGCACCUGUUGUCGCCGUUAAGGGCGCGCGCGUGGCGGAGUUCAACGGCGGCAAGUCGCUAUCGAUGGGCGCGGGCGCGCUGCUGCGCGUGCAGCCCGACCUGCCCGACGCGCACCGCCUGCGCGGCUGGUACGACCGCGGCGGCGCCGACGCCGCGCUCACGUACGUGUCCGCGCGUGCGGGCGACGGUGGCGGCGGCGCGUCGGGCGAGUGGAUAACGUUCGGCGAGGCGGCGGCGCGGCGGCUGGGCGCCGGCGACCGCCCCGACUACUACUGCCUGCUGGGCGUGCUCACCUUCACCUUCGCCGACAACGCGCUGUACAAGGCGUGCCCGCAGGACGCCUGCAACAAGAAGCUGGUGGACCUCGACAACGGCUCCUACCGCUGCGAGAAGUGCUCGCGCGAGUACCCCAACUAUAAGUACAGGCUGAUGUUAGGCGCAAACGUGUCGGACCCCACCGGCGACGAGCGCAUCACCGCCUUCAACGAGGCGGCGGAGGCGAUGCUGGGCGCGCCCGCCGCCGACCUCGGCCGCCUGCUCGAGUACGACAAGAACGCGUACGCGCGAGUCUUCGAGGACGUCAAGUUCAAGACCUUCGUGUUCAAGUUCAGGACUAAAGUCGAGACUUACAAUGACGAGGCCCGAUUGAAGACGACAGUGAUGAGCGCGCAGCCGGUGGACUACCGCGACGCCAACGCGAGACUCGUCAAGAGUAUCAAAGCUCUCAGUGGAAUUGAAAUU